GCAAUUGGAAAUUUUUAUUUCUCAUACAAGUCCUCUGAAAAUUUGAAUCGUUCUCAGGAAAUUCCCUCACAAGGCGAAGACAAUUGAGGAAAUCCGCUACCCAAUUUGGAUACAUCUGGCUACAAAGAUUGGCCACUCUAUCAUAUCUCACGAUGACAAGCCCUUCAGCAGGGCCCACAGCAGGGUGGUCCCCGAGUUCAUGGAAGUCCAAACCCAUCCAGCAAAAGGCCGUAUACACAGACCAGAAGGCCGUGGAGAAAUCUCUCGCUAAACUAAAUCAUCUUCCUCCUUUGGUACCAACUGCCGAGAUUGACAAACUCAAGGAGAAACUCCGAAAGGUGGCCAUUGGCGAUGCAUUCCUGCUCCAAGGCGGAGAUUGUGCCGAGUUGUUUGAUUAUUGCACGCAAGAUGGAAUUGAGUCGAAGAUGAAGCUGUUGCUUCAGAUGAGUUUGAUUCUGAUUUGGGGCUCACAUAAGCCGAUUGUGAGGAUUGCUCGCAUGGCGGGGCAGUAUGCGAAGCCGAGAUCUAGUCCGAUGGAGAUAGUGGAUGGCAAAGAGAUUCCUUCAUUUCGGGGGGAUAUCUUGAAUGGGUUUAAGACUGAUGAGAGAGAUCUUGAUCCUUCGAGACUGGUUGAGUAAGUACAUAUGAAACGGACAGAUAAUGGCUCUACUAAUCUGUGCAGUGCAUAUUUUCACUCUGCAGCAACACUGAACUUUGUCCGGGGUUCCAUAUCGACAGGAUUUGCGGACCUUCAUCGUCCUCUUGAUUGGGGUCUGGGUCAUGUUCGAGAUCCUGAACUUCAACUAAAGUAUUCAUCUACUGUGGACGCAAUUGCUGACAACUUGGAUUUCCUUCGUGCAACAGGACACAACACAGGCAGUCAAGAGCUGAGCACCGUCGAUUUGUUCACAAGUCAUGAAGCCCUUUUACUGGACUACGAGCAAAGCUUAACACGAGCCUCCAAGCUUCUCAAAUCAGGUGAGCAAGCUUAUUAUGACACCUCAGCACAUUUUAUCUGGGUUGGAGACCGAACCAGACAGGUUGAUGGAGCCCACAUCGAAUUCUUACGCGGAAUCAAGAACCCAAUCGGUGUCAAAGUAGGCCCAACAACCUCCUCAUCCGAUCUCCUCGUCCUCCUCCGAACCCUCAAUCCCAACGUCGAGGUCGGAAAGAUAACACUCAUCACCCGCUACGGGGCCUCAAAGGUUGGUACUCUCCUCUUGGAACACAUCAAGAUCGUCGAAGGAAGCGAAUACGCCCGCAGCGUAGUCUGGCAAUGCGAUCCCAUGCAUGGCAACACACGCUCCACAUCAUCCGGCAUCAAAACCCGACAGUUUGCAGACAUUUUAUCUGAGCUCCAGCAAUCUUUCCUUAUCCAUAAGAGAGAAGGCAGUUAUCUAGGCGGUGUACAUCUUGAGAUGACGGGUGAUGCGGUAACAGAGUGUACGGGGGGUAGUGUGGGCUUGGAGGAUGAUGAUCUGAGCUUGAAUUAUACCAGUUUUUGCGAUCCGAGGUUGAAUGAGAAACAAUCUGUCGAGUUGGCUUUUCUUAUCGCGGGACAUUUGAAACAGGAUAGACAGGAGCAGAAAGCUAAGCGGGGCUAGAUAUAAAAUGAUUUCGAUUUGGUCUAGAAAUUUAUCGAGUGGUUACCAUAUUGGCUUCAGGUCAGGGUGGGAAUUUUUUGGUUUGUGGGAUCUGUGGAAUCCAGAUCUUUACAGGAUAGAAAAUGGUUUUGAAAUUUUGCUUCUGCAAAGGAGAUGUCAUUAGUGUGCUUCUUCUCCAAGAUUUCUUUGGAACGCGCUUUUGUGGUUUUCUUAUUACAGAGAAAAGGGGAGAGAGGGAGGAGCAAUGACCAUUAUAACUUGACUCCCGGAUACUGUUAGGGAAAGGCCUCCUGCUACCCGGAAGCCAAUAGUUCAUGAGUCUGAGACUUGAUCCAAGGAGGUUUUUCAGUAAAGGACAUAAGGUUUCUCAAUUUUUGACUAGGCGAGCAGGUGCAACGAUUGGUGACACCCUACUCCACAUCAAAAAUAAUGCUAACGGGCCAGAACAAGACCUCUAUACAAAUAAAGAUUAGAGAUUUGCAAGUAUUACAUUGUCAAGUAGACCUGGGCACGAUUCCUAUAUCGAUCGUCGAAAAAGUAACGAUAUCGAUAUUUUGGGGUGUUUUUGGGGUGUUUUAGGGUCAAUUUGAAGUGAGAAAACGAGUAUUAUAGGA